AUGGCGCCCUGGAGGAGGGCGCCCCUUGCGCUGGUGCUGGCGCUGGGCGGCCCGCUGUCGGUGCCAGCGCAGCCCGCCCGCGAGCCAGAGUUCACCAUGGUGGACUUCGCCGACGAUCAGGAGCUGGCGCGGCACCUGCCCCCAGAGGACCACCUGUUCACCUCCAGGCGCCUCGCCGCCGACCUCGUCGACAUCUUCGGCGGCACCGGCACCGCCGCGGCCUGGACCGUGCUGGAGCUGGGGUCCGCCCACGGCCACACCACCGAGGUGCUUAGCGCGCUCUUCGCGCGGGUCAUCGCCGUCGACCUCCUGACCAGCGCGCACCGUGCCGCGGCGGCGCGCGGGGCGGGCGCCCGGGGCAACGUGGUGUGGCUGACGCUGGACGCGUACAGGGACCCGUGGCUCUCCCUCCUCGCGGGCAACGACAUCCAGGUGGCGUUCGUGGACGCGCUGCACUCGCGGGAUGCCGUCGCUGCCGACCUGAGGGCGUGCGCCCAGCUGCCAGGCCUGCGCUACGUGCUGGUCCACGACUUCAACUUCGCGGACAUCCGGCAGGCGGUGGCCGCCUCGGCCCGCAGCUUCGCCCUGGUGGCCGCCCUGGGGGAGGCCCGCAGGAUCCCCCUCCACGAGAGGCGCGACCGCGCGGAGGCCCCGAAGUUCCCCGAGGCCGUGCUGCUGCGUCCCGCUGGCGGCCUGGCGCUGCGGGCGGGCGGCCGCGCCGCGGACGAGGCCGAGCCCGAGGUGGCGGCGGCGGUCGCGAGGUUCCUGCAGGACCCGCAGCUUGCCGCCAUGGCCUCCCGCGCCGGCGACGCCAUCGCCGCGGAAGCGCCGCCAGGGCCGACCGCGCCGGCAUUCCCGGAGCUCUGCGGGGCCACCUAG